GGAUGCUCAGCUGCGAGCUGGGGUGCGGGCGGGCGCGCGGGUCCGGUUGCAUUGGUGGCGCUGCUGCCCCUGCCCAGGACCGGCGCCGCUUCCCGGGGAGCCUGGGCGCCGCUCCUCCGCCGCCUGAUACCCUCUGAAAGCCAAGCAGAGAACAUUAAGGAAGAAAGGAGGAAUGAGCCUGGGUCUGGUGCGGUGAAAAGAGACGCAUUAAGGAAAGGGGAACUCACUACCCAGACGCUCCACUGCCAGCCUUGCCAUCAGCAUGAGAACUUACCGGUACUUCCUGCUGCUCUUUUGGGUCGGCCAGCCCUACCCAACUUUCUCAAACCCGUUAUCUAAAAGGACUAGUGGCUUCCCAGCAAAGAGGAGGGCCCUGGAGCUCUCUGCCAACAGCAGGAAUGAGCUGAGCCGUUCAAAAAGGAGUUGGAUGUGGAAUCAGUUCUUCCUCCUGGAGGAAUACACGGGAUCAGAUUAUCAGUACGUCGGCAAGUUACAUUCAGACCAGGAUAGAGGAGAUGGAUCACUUAAAUAUAUCCUUUCAGGAGAUGGAGCGGGAGAUCUCUUCAUUAUCAAUGAAAACACAGGCGACAUACAAGCCACCAAGAGGCUGGACAGGGAAGAGAAACCCGUUUACAUCCUUCGAGCCCAAGCUAUCAACAGAAGGACAGGGAGACCCGUCGAGCCUGAGUCUGAAUUCAUCAUCAAGAUCCAUGACAUCAAUGAUAAUGAGCCAAUAUUCACCAAGGAUGUUUACACAGCCACAGUCCCCGAGAUGGCAGAUGUCGGAACAUUUGUAGUCCAAGUCACAGCAACUGAUGCCGAUGACCCGACGUACGGGAACAGUGCUAAAGUCGUGUACAGCAUCCUGCAGGGACAGCCCUACUUUUCAGUGGAGUCGGAAACAGGUAUCAUCAAGACAGCGUUGCUCAACAUGGAUCGAGAAAACAGAGAGCAGUACCAAGUGGUGAUUCAGGCCAAGGACAUGGGCGGCCAGAUGGGAGGACUGUCGGGGACCACGACCGUGAACAUCACACUGACAGAUGUCAAUGACAAUCCUCCUCGCUUCCCCCAGAGUACCUAUCAGUUUAAGACUCCCGAGUCUUCUCCACCAGGAACACCAAUUGGCAGGAUCAAAGCCAGUGAUGCUGAUGUGGGAGAAAAUGCAGAGAUCGAGUACAGCAUCACAGACGGUGAGGGACAUGAUAUGUUUGACGUCAUCACCGACCAGGAAACCCAGGAAGGGAUUAUAACUGUCAAAAAGCUCUUGGAUUUUGAAAAGAAGAGAGUGUACACCCUCAAGGUGGAAGCCUCCAAUCCCCACAUCGAACCCCGAUUUCUCUACCUGGGUCCGUUCAAAGACUCGGCCACAGUGAGAAUCGUGGUAGAUGACGUAGAUGAACCUCCUGUCUUCAGCAAACUGGCCUACAUCCUACAGAUACGAGAGGAUGCUCAGAUAAACACAACCAUAGGCUCUGUCGCAGCUCAGGAUCCUGACGCUGCCAGGAAUCCUGUCAAGUACUCGGUGGAUAGACACACAGAUAUGGACAGGAUAUUCAACAUUGAUUCUGGAAAUGGCUCCAUUUUUACAUCAAAACUUCUCGACCGGGAAACGCUGUUGUGGCAUAACAUCACAGUGAUAGCAACGGAGAUUAAUAAUCCAAAGCAAAGCAGCCGCGUGCCUCUAUAUAUUAAAGUUCUCGACGUCAAUGACAAUGCCCCAGAAUUUGCUGAGUUCUAUGAAACUUUUGUCUGUGAAAAAGCAAAGGCGGAUCAGCUGAUUCAGACCCUGCACGCUGUUGACAAGGAUGAUCCUUACAGUGGACACCAAUUCUCCUUCUCUUUGGCCCCAGAAGCAGCCAGUGGCUCUAAUUUUACCAUACAAGACAACAAAGACAACACUGCAGGGAUCCUAACUCGGAAAAAUGGCUAUAACAGACACGAGAUGAGCACUUAUCUCCUGCCGGUGGUCAUUUCAGACAACGACUACCCAGUCCAAAGCAGCACUGGGACAGUGACUGUCCGGGUCUGUGCAUGUGACCACCAUGGAAACAUGCAGUCCUGCCACGCCGAGGCCCUCAUCCACCCCACAGGGCUGAGCACAGGGGCUCUGGUGGCCAUCCUUCUGUGCAUCGUGAUCCUACUAGUGACAGUGGUGCUGUUCGCAGCUCUGAGGCGGCAGCGAAAGAAAGAGCCUUUGAUCAUUUCCAAAGAGGACAUCAGAGACAACAUUGUCAGUUACAACGACGAAGGUGGCGGAGAGGAAGACACCCAGGCCUUUGAUAUCGGAACCCUGAGGAACCCUGAAGCCAUGGAGGACAGCAAAUCGCGCAGGGACAUUGUGCCUGAAGCUCUUUUUCUACCACGGCGGACUCCAACAGCUCGUGACAACACGGAUGUCAGAGAUUUCAUUAGCCAAAGGUUAAAGGAAAAUGACACGGACCCAACAGCCCCUCCCUACGACUCCUUGGCCACCUAUGCCUACGAAGGCACUGGCUCGGUGGCCGACUCCCUGAGCUCACUAGAAUCAGUGACCACAGAUGGAGACCAAGAUUAUGACUAUUUGAGUGACUGGGGCCCUCGGUUCAAAAAGCUGGCAGAUAUGUACGGAGGGAUGGACAGUGACAAAGACUCCUAAUCUGUUGCCUUUUCAUUUUCCAAUAUGACACUGGAAUAUGUGACGUGGCUAUUCCUUUCUAUUUAUCCACUAUUCCGUGAGGGGUUCUCCGUUGUACCCGUUCCAAAAGUCAAUGGCUGCAGUCCGUGUGGAUCCAAUGUUAGAGACUUUUUUCUAGUACACUUUUAUGAGCUUCUAAGAGGCAAAUUUUUAUUUUUUAGUUCAUGCAGUUAACCAAGUUAGCCCAGCAGGCACGCUGCGGGAGGAGAGGAAGGAACGGCGUUUUUCCCGUGUUCCCCUUAGAGCAGGUUGGCCACGCCCCUUACUGCUGGCCUAGACUCUACUUUGGUUCACGGCCUCCAUUCCGCUGAAUGCUCCAAAUGUACAUUUCACAUGCUACACAUGCUAAUGGAAGAAGGGAUCAUACUUUGAUGAUUAAAAAUAUAGUUUUAGUAUUUAAAAGGGGGGAGGAAACAAUUGGGAAAUUGUUCCUGGUCUAUCAGUUGUCAAGGAGAUAAUUAACUAUGAAGGGGUUUGUAAGGAUAUGCGUGUGUCAAGGAAUAUAAAGUGGGGCAUCCUGUCUGUGCUGGAAGAGGUGUUUCUGGCAUCAACAAAUACUCGUAAUGCUGAAUCCUUCCAUGUUCUAAGAUGGCUUAGAAGCAAAUCAAGUGGUAUCAUGUUCAAAGACAGUAACGAAAGACAGGGCUGUGUUCCCUGACAAGAUUUUGUUGCAUGUGAUAAACAGAUGCUUCACCAUCAUGCCAAACAAAGGAAAAAAGAGAAAUAGCUUUACAAAAAAAAAUUAACAAAGGACAUAUUUAGGGAAUUUCAAGGUUUUGUACUACCAACAGUAUCCCGGGUCCCUUCAUUCUUUCAACUAUCAGUAAACUAAUGAGAAGUAGGUCUAAUCAUAUAAGCGUCCUUGAGAGAAUUUCCUGAGGCAAAUGUUAACUCUUUGUCUGUAGUUGUUGUUACUAUUAUCCUACUAUACCUGAGUGUAGCAGUGUGAAGUACAAUAAUUCAUAUUCUUCAAAUACUUCUUAUAUAAUUAACUUGACUUAGUAUGGCUUAGUAGAUUGAAUAUCCCACCCUAGAGUUCAAGGGGAAGGUUAGAGCCAGCCACAUUUGAACCUAACCCUUGCCCUUUGCCUUCGGAGACAUCUGCAUCCCUACCCUGCAGCAAGGGAGAGAAAUGAAUGGCAUUGAGAUGUUGGUGAAUGCCGGCACUCCAUGCUCCUAAAAUGCUCACAGAAGAAAAGCGAGGAUUCCCUUCAGCAAGAACACUUAAGACUCAUGUUACAGUGACAGCUGAUUUCCAAAAGUAGCCAUGUUUUCCCACUGCGUUUAAGUUGGCUUCGGUAGCAACACUGCCAUCUUUAUCUUUGAACUGAUGAUAAAGUAAUGGUCUCAACUCUGACAGAAAAGUAAUAUAAAAUCCAUCCAAUCCAUUCUUGCUCUAAUUAUGCAAUUAGGCCCUCUUAGUCAGUUAUUAUCCAGGGGACCCAACUGAACCCAGUUAAUCCUCUGGCAGGUUCAAAUCAUUUAUUUCAUAUGGCCGUUCUAAUGACUCUCCUCAUUAGAAUCUCACAUUGUGCAGUCGUCAGAAAUUUCCAAAGUACUGUAAUGAAAACAUCCUCAUUUGACAACCUUAAAAAAAGGCUCUGUACAUACAUAUAUAAUAUAUACGUAAGAAUGUGCUGACUUCUCUUAGUAGUCAUAGGAGUUUAUUUUCAAUUAAUGUUAAUUUUAUAGAGAUAAUCUUAGUAUCAUUUCCAUUUCAGGGUAAUGUUUUCCCAACAUAUUUUCUGUUUAGAAACACACUGUUGUUUAGUUGACUUUUAAAUGGGUAUGUUACCCAGGAAGUAAAGGUGGCACCUGGGGAACAAGAGAAAUGUGGAAGUCGGAAUACGUUAAAAAAAAAUUUUACAACCACAUUGCCCUUUGUAUUUCCUGAAUUGUUUCCUGCUUAUGAUGGGAUGCCCUGAGCAGCAAUGAGUAUUUCAUGCUUAGGCUAUUCCAGCCUUUAGGUUUCGUUUUUCUAAUUCUUCACGUGCACACACACACACACACACACACACACACACACACACUCACUUACACACACACACACACACACAGGAAUGCGAACAAAUGCUAAAGAGGGCUUCACUGAAAUGGGCCAGUAUGUAUCAUAUCCACAGGUAAGUAAUGAAAAAAGAUACCCAAGGAAGAUUAAUAAGAGUUACUAGGAAUCACAAGAACCGCACCUUCCACAGUUUAUUGUAAAAUCAGAGUACUCCAUCUUGUAUCUUACAUUAUGUGACAAAGUGACAUAGUUCUUAAAAAGAAAGGUAUCAUGAAAAGUUGCCCUUUUGAGCUUGUGGUGUGAAAUUUGGUGUGAAAAUUUCAAGGGUUGACAAGAGCAAUUUCCAACCUUUCGUGAUAAAGCUGAUCUCUUCCUCUGAGUGUAAGUGUUCCUUGAAAGGAAGUUGAGCUGUCUGUGACGUAAUGGGUCAAAGUAUUUUUAAUCUCCCUGAAAAAUCACACAUCAUACCAAGAAUAGAUGAGUAUGACUUAAUAUCAAAAUAACUGUUUAUUGUCUUAUCACUAAGAUUGUUGGUGAAGAAAAUCCACAAGAAACUGAAUUAUUUGAACCCUGUAGGUGUCACCUUCAGAGAAACUCUUGCCUAUGAGAGUCAUCACACAGAAAAUGGGAUCUCCAACGUCAUCUCUCUCUACAGUUCUGCUUCCCAGAAAAAUACCAGGUCAAGAACCUCCCCAUGAGCAGAUUUCUUUCAGUGAUGAGUUCUAAGUCAGCCUGAAAUGCUAUUCUGGGUGAGGGACAUAGUUUUCAGUUCAGUUUUCCUAUUUGUGUGUGUGUGUGUGUGUGUGUGUGUGUGUGUGUCUUCAUCUACAGACACAGGCGACGAGGGUGGCAAGAGAACCAGAGGGGUCCACCUUAACAUUUGCUUUGUUGAACAUAAGCAGAUUGGUUAGCAAUACAAGGUUGUUUCAAGUGCACUGGUGCCUGUCUAACUUUUCUUUAAAGCUCUUUGACAGAAAGAGAGUCUUUAAACCUCUUAUGAUGCUUCCUAGAAUAAGCUUGAGAGUUUAGAGAACACUGAGGCAUUGUGCGUGAGGUUAAAACUCCCUCACUUCAUAUCUGUUCUCUUCAGAAAGUCGGGACGCAUCUGUCCUCAAAUAAGUAAAUAAAUCAAACGGGAAAAGAGGUGCAGACCAUUUCAUAAGACCCUCAGAGUGGAAAUCCGGGCACUGUAAAUACGGCUUCCCUAGUUUUACAUCCUGGAGGUUCAGCUAGAGAGUCACUCUAUUUUCGGAUGGAACAAAGCUGGUGGUUUCAUUUUAAAUCAGGAUAAAAAUAUGUGGCUUAGUUCUCAUUUCCACUUCUCAAAAGUGUUAUACAAGAAACUGACUCUGGAUCUCAGAAGAUCCAAGUUUUGAGAAGCCAAAAUAACUUCCCAGUGUUUCCAUUAUGUAAUCUGUGUGUCUUGUGAACAAUAUUCUACAUAGAAUGCUCUACCCUGAAGCAGGUAUUUCCUAGAGGAAAAUGACUUACAGAAUAUCGAUGAGGCAUCCUUAGACUCUGUAGCCCUGAGCACGACAGAAAGAUGACAGCAAAAAAGAAAGAGCAGAGUUGGUUCCUGGGUGCAAGUUAAGUAUUUGAAUGAGGUGCUUGUCCUAAUCAAAUAAAUCCCCUUUCUUCAUGAAUACAGCCACCAAAUAAAUUCUCUUAGCCCCUGAUUACUAUGUUUGAAGCGCAGCACAAAGACUUUGGGAAAACACUCUCAAAAAGUCAAAAAUCUCUGCUAUUUUAAAAGUCAGGCUCCAUUUUUUUAAAAAUCAUUUUUGUGUACUUUUAAUUUUUACUUUAUCUAGAUGAGAUCAUGUUUGAAAUGUCACGUUGUAGAUGGGGGCUCAGGAUACAGGCAGUUCCCUGUAUUUAAACUAACACUACACCCAAGCUUCUUUAUCAGAUUACACAAGCAGAGAGAUUAACAACUGGUGUGAGAUUCUUCAGGAAGAUGGUUCACAUCCUCCGCUCCGACAACCAUGUCUUCUUUUCCAGAGAGUGGAAUUACAUGGUGGUCUCCUCAGAGUUUGGUGACAAUCAUGGUGGCAGGCCUAAAUCUUCCUUUGACGUCUUUUACAGAAUAAUUUUCAAAAGGGAUAAUUCUCUACUAAAAAUACUGGACCCUGACAAUAUUUAAUGUGAAGAGCAAUACCCCGUUAGGAAGCAAAUACAUUGGCUCGCAGGCUUGUUAAAAGUUAAUAAAGAAAUAGCUCAUUUUUAAAGCCAGGAGUUUAUGGUCUCUGCAUCAUCGAUUUAAUUUAAGCAUUGCUGAGACAAUCUUUAAUCUCCCCAUUUUGUAAUACCUUAUUUAUGGUGCAUCCUCCUUUUUUAAUUUGGGGGGAACGGUAGCCUGCCAGAGCCAACAGAUGAAAGUGUUAAAAGGAAGUCAAGCGGAAACAAAGGCCAUUACCCGCCAUAUUUCAGACAGGACUGGGGCACUUAGCCGAGGAGACACUCGGUUAUUAGAUUAAUUUCAAAAGACCUUUUACAAGUUGCUUAAUUCCAUUAAAAGAAAAAAAAGAAAAUAAAAAAAAUAAAAAAAACGUGGACCACAAACUCAAAUUUCCUUUCAAAUGAGGUUAUUUGACAAAUGAGAAAUGGACUCAGUGUUGUAGAAAAAGCAUCCCGCUGUAAUGAGAGCUUGGUCUUUCGUGUGAGGCUAUGCUAUUUAUGUAAAUAUAUCUGGCACACCUUCUGUAAGCUUUUAGUUUUCUAUGAUCUAUUAGUUUAGUGUUUAUUAAAAAUAAAAUAAAAUAAAAACCCGUAUGUAGAAUCACUCAGCACUCACGGGGAAUGCUUGUACAACAAACGUCCAAUAGAUCUGCUCUGAAGAAACAUAGGAACACUUCAAACACACUGUGCUGUUCUGUUUGCAAUUAUUCUUACUGCUUUGAAAGGAAGCUGCACCAGAAUAGGCCUUGUAAUAAGCGCUGUGUGCGUCUUCUCUAAUACCAAGCUAAGGCAGUUUGGCGUUCUCCUACUGUGACUUGUGAUUUCUAAACCAAGAAAAUAAAGGCUUUCUGGUAUCGACUGUACUUAAUUAAAAAAUAAUUCAAGUAUAAAUUGAAGCUUAUGCCACCCUUUGAAGACCCACUGGCUGGAGUCCUCUAUCUGUUUGUGUCUUCAGCAAGAAGAACGAAUGGGUGGACGGAAACAAUCGGGCUGGCUUCCAUCCACGCGCCCAGUUCGGCAACUCUUUGUAGCCUCAUGCAUUACAUGGCAAAGUUUUCUGUAUUUGAAGAAUGGGGUGACUCAGAGUGGCUGGGCCUUAUGUUGUAGUCAAAUGACAGAUAACAUACUCCUUGACAUGGCUUCUUUUAUUUGGUUUUCUUUUCUUAGUCUUAUAAAUUUGAAAAGAAUGCAACUUUAAAAAGUGAUUUCUCACAAAGAGUAAAAUAUGCCUUUUGCAAAUCAAUUUUUGUAACAUUAUUUAUAUGAUAUUACUUAAUAAACUGUUUUUUUUUCUAA